AUGCCGAAAGCCAUGGCAGCCCGACGAGGCGCCCGUUUCACACCUUUCUCACGAACCCCACGAACCCCUGUCAUCGCUAAUGAAGACACCAUGCUCCCGUCAUUUGACAAUUUCCCCGCAUAUUUAGUUGAGGGUGACUCCACAUUCGUUCAGGACGAUCAAUCGAUGGUAUUGGCUAGUUUGUCGGAGCUUGCCGAGCUGGGCGCAGGCUCCAACGCCUUUCUAGAUUUUGUCUCAAGUCAAACUUAUGACGAAAGUCCAAGCUCGACUUCAUCGCAGCCGCGCGCUGCGGUGGCGCAUCUCUUCAUCAAUAACAAGACAGUUAUGUCCAGAUCUAAGGAAUGGACUAGCAUUCUGGAUCCAACCACCCAAGCCCUUCUAUGCAGAGUUCCAUGCUGUACACACCAAGAAGUGCAAAAUGCAGUAAAUGCUGCAAAUGAUGCCCAAGAGGACUGGGAGGGUAUAGGAUUCCAGGCCCGUCGGGAGUACUUGUUACGACUCAUAGAUACUCUCAAGGACUUAUCCUCGCUCAUUGUCACGAGCUUGUGCCGGGAGGUGGGUAAGACAAUAGAAGAUGCAGAGUCAGAAUUCCACCGAGGCCUGGAUUGUAUCCACGCCGCAUGUUCUGUUGGUCCUGAAAUGGCGGGCAUGUUUCUCGGGAAUGACCCCACAAUGCUACAGACAUUCUACGAGCCAGUGGGCGUCUGCACAACUAUUACACCAUUUAGCUUCCCUUUCAUGACCCCUCUGUGGUCUAUUCCAUAUGCCCUCAUAACAGGAAAUACUGUUGUUCUGAAGCCAUCUGAAAGAGCUGUUUCAGUGCCAGCACUUCUCGCCGAAGCCGUAGUCAAGGCCGAGUUUCCACCCGGCGUUUUCAAUCUUGUGCAUGGCGGUCAUUCAGUUUCCCAGAUGCUCAUCUUGCAACCCUUAGUGAGAGCAAUUAGCUUUGUGGGAUCAGAGUCCGCUGCAAAACAAGUGCACGACCUUGCACGCAAAGCCGGGAAGCGAGUUCAGGCAGAAUGUGGCGGCAAAAAUCACGGUGUCAUUUUGGAAGAUGCUGAAAUGAUGCCUACCCUCUUCGCCAUUGCAGGCAGUGCCUUCGGGGCCGCAGGACAACGGUGUAUGUCGCUAAGUGUCGCGAUAUUUGUUGGCAACACUGCACGAUGGAUACCCAAACUUGUCGAGGUUGCCAAGUCGAUGACUGUGGGAAACGGCAGUGACGAGGAAACCAAGAUCGGACCUUUGAUAGACAAAGAGGCGAAAUCAAAAAUUGCAGCUCUCAUCGAGCGUUCCACAGAAGAGGGUGCAGUUCUACUAUGCGAUGGAAGAGACGUGAGCGUUCCAAGAUAUCCCAAUGGGAAUUUCCUUGGACCUACAAUUCUAUCUGGCGUCGAAACAUACAUGGAAUGCUACCAAACAGAAAUUUUUGGUCCAGUCCUCAUAUGUAUGCAAGUCAAUACAAUGGAAGAGGGGAUUGAGCUUAUCAACCAAAACAAAUGUGAGUUUCUUUCGGACAAGCAUGUUAAUAUCUGA